CAGUGCUAAGAAAGUGAUUUCAAAGCCAGUCAGACUAUGGCCUUUGAAAGGAUAACACAAAAGGACUGGUACAAAAUCUUGGGUGCAACGCCAUCAGACAGUCCGGCAGAACUAAAACAGAAGUACCAAAAACUUGCUUUAUUAUAUCAUCCAGACAAACAGAAGGCAGAUGUGCCAGCAGGAGAAGUGGAGGAGCGCGUGCAGAGGUUCAUCGAAAUUGAUCAAGCGUGGAAAAUUCUAGGGAACGAAGAGACAAAAAAAGAGUAUGACCUGCAGCAGCGUGAAGAUAAUCUGACAAAAGAAUGGCCACUGCAUGCACAAAUUUAUCUUGAGGAUAUGUCCUGGAAUGAAGAUGAACAAUGUUAUACUCUAUCGUGUCGAUGUGGUGGGAAUUACACUGUCUUCAAGAGUGAAACCAAAGACGUAUCUUUAGUUUGUUGUGACACAUGUUCACUUGUUAUUGAGAUCCUUCAAUGACUGUUUCAAUGAAGCACAUCAAGAAUUACAAACCUUUAAAAAGACUGGACAAAUGGGAGAGCAUCU